AUGUCGCGUCGCACGAAACGGACAAUUGUCGGGCGAGUAGGUACCAAACGUCCCGAAUGUCUCGAGGUCGAACGUCGAGGAGAGUUGAGGGGUUGUUUGUGCGCCGUGCGUGACUUGGGGGAGGGGCAGUCGUGGCCAAACCAAGUUGACGAUACGACAGAGGGGGUGACGGCCGUCGACGUCUCCACUGGAUCGACCAGCUCCACUAGCAAGGAGAACUUGGACCACAAGAUGCAUCCACAAGGAGAGGUUGACUUCACGACUUCAGCAAAUUCACCCACAUCGCAAAGGCUGCUCAUGGGCCUCUCGCUGGUCAGUGCCUCGCGGGGAGUGGAGCCUCAAGGAGACGACGGCAUUGAGCGUUUUGCGCCAAAAAGAGGUUGCUUACCGACUUCUUACCGACACCACCCAUGGACAAAUUUGACGAGUGAGAAGACGAUCGAAGUCAUCCAGGCUUUCUCCGGGACGCCUGCGUGGGAUAAAGGCUGCACUCGCAGUCGCCAGCAGCAUGGCACGAACAUGUCAGCAAACAGAUGGUCAAUUGCGCUACGACGCAGCAAGGGCAGCGGCGACGGCACGGGUACGGCGAAUGUCGCAAUAUGCUGGCCGGGCGAAAUCAAACGGAUAGGGACGCACAUUCGAGCAUCAGUCAGAAUUGGCCGCCUCCCGGAGCCCGUCACGCCGCACAUCUGGAAUGCAAGCCGAGUCGAGAACCGGUUCUGCAGGCUCUGCAGCGAGGUGCAACACUAG